AUGAUACCUACCAACGCGCCGACACAGACACAGCCUCGGGAACAUGCACACAAUGACUGGGUCUCUGAUCCUGUGCCUGACAAUUUGCAAAACCUAGACAAUCUUGAUCUUCAGCAAAGCAAUGAGAGUGAGAACACACUCGACGAAGGGAAGAACCCCUCUGCCUUUGCCGAGGCGGUACAGGCGAAUAGCCCCUUCAAUACCAAACGGCCCUUCCACUCAGGCGACCGGCAGGGUCUCGUGCACUCUGUGAUGGAGAUCUGCUCUGGCAAACGGUCCAAUAUGAGCAGCGGCUUGUGGUUCCAGAUACGCGCCCCCGAGUCUGAGAAAGUGUGGGAAACACACGACUGGGUCUAUCUUCAGAGCAAAGGGGCAUUCGACCUGCCCAGCAUCGAUGUCUGCGAUUCCCUUAUUCGUGCUUACUUUGAGCACGUCCACCCACUUCUACCUAUCAUAGAUGCAUCGCACUUCCUGUCGCAAUACACUUUGAAAGGCGCUUCGAGCAUGAAUUUGCUCUUGUUAUGGAGUGUCUUCCUUGCCGCUGCAAAUUUUGCCUCUCCUGAGACUCUACUAACAGCCGGCUAUCCCUCGCGGAAAGCACUGAAGCGUGCCAUGUAUACCAGGGUCAAGGCUUUGUAUGACAGUGAUUACGAGGAUGACAAAGUCUGCGUUGUCCAGGCUGUGACGCUCUUGGGGUUUUGGUAUUCCGACGCUGAGGACAGGAACGGCCCCUGGCACUGGCUAGGGAUUGCCAUUGGAUUGUGUCAAGUCAUGGGUCUCCAUCGGCAACCACCGUUCACAUUGGCAGGUCCGGCCACAGAGCUUCGACAACGAUUGUUUCGGAGAAUUUGGUGGUCUUGCUUUCUGAGAGAUCGCUGGUUGUCCGUGGGUCUGGGGCGCCCCAUGCGAAUCAACCUCGAUGACUGUGAUGUUCAGAUGCCUGAAGCGGAGGAUCUAACAGCAGAGCUUGGACAGCUCGCAAUUGAAGUCGCCAACAGAUACCUACCCGGUUCCAUGGACGAACAUGCAAUCAUCUGGGUCAAGCUUAUCAAAUUGAGCCACAUCCUGGGCAGAAUUAUACGGGUCGACUACGGACUCUCGUGCUCCGAUGCGGGAAGUGAUCAUCUUCAGGCUCUUGAAGCUGAACUGGAAGAUUGUCGACUACCGCGAGAUUGGCUGCCCGUCCCCAACUCUGACUCUCUCACCUUGAACAGGCUUCAAUUUGACAUGCUUUUAGAGGCCGUAACCGUUGUCCUCUAUCGACCUGCGAUCAACUUUCAGAAUCCCCCUGGAGUUUCAAAGGAUCCAGGGGAGGUUGAGGCACUCGAGAAAGCACGCGCCGCCGCUGCCAGGACCAACCACCUGGUCGGAAAGCUGAUCAACUCAGACAUGGUACAUUACUUGCGACCAAUGAAUUUGACGGCCUUGGUUCCAGCUAUGCAGAUACACUUACUCGAUUGCAGAUCAAGUCGGCCACUCGCCCGAAAUUUCGCCAGAUCGAAGCUAGGCGAAUGUAUGAUGAUUGUAUCAGAAUUGCGUAACACCUACUGGGGAGCAGAUUUUACCUUCAAGCUCUUUGAGACUGCACAAAAUAUUCUGAAGAAUGCAGAAGAUCCGACUACAGGCGACAGGACCGUUGGAGGACAGAAUGUACAUGCAGGAGCACAGAGCAAUUCCGGAGAAGGCUCUGACACAGGCCAGGGCCAGCUGAACCUCGACGCAUUUAAUCAUAUGGACUGGUCUAAUUUAUUUUUCGAUCAAACAUACAAUGAGCCGCCUAACAACGAGAGCGCGGAUCCUGCUUUAGUUACUCCUUGGAGCCUGGAUGAAUUUCAGAAUAUGUUCGGCAUACCCUUCGCAUUGGAUGGUUCAGAUACCAACUGA